AUGCGCGGCGAUAACCUGCAUACAACUGGCAAUAUUACUGGGCUCAACGGCAGCGACAUAGUCGGCACCAAUGGUCUCGGCGUUGGCAACGACAAUACAUAUCCCUAUGGCAUGCAAUGGAUCUACCCAUGCGGCGGCAUGCCCAUGUCUACCAACAGAACAAACUGGCCUGUAACAGGCGGCGCUAUCGGUAUUCAGCCCGGCUGGUUCCAGGGCCACAACUAUGCCCUGUUCUACAUCAAUCUCGGCGAUGGCACAGUGCCUGAAAACUAUUCCCUGAUUAUGCAACCGGUAUUUGGCAUCGUUGGGCCAGACAACCUUGCGUACAACGGAUCGUUUUGCCUGCCCCAGGUGCCGCUGCCCGCAAAUUACACAGCGGUGGUAGGGACCAAUGCGACUAUUCAGAUCAUUGAGGCGGCGCAGCACGGAGCGGCCCUGUUCAAUUGUGUUGAUAUCACAUUCGCGGACCCUAAAGAUGUGCCGGAGGUCACGCCCGAUAAUUGUGCGAAUACUUCAGACAUCACUCUCCAAUACGUCUACAGUACCAACAGUCAGACAUCGGAUGCCGAGGUUCUCUGCUCGAGCAAAGUCACCUGGAUGGCUUCUAUACCUCUUGCCCUGAUGGUAAUGUGGGGGCUGCUAUAG